UAUAUAUCUGUCCUGUUGAGUUUCAGAGGAGUAUUUUCAAAUACCACGUGUCAAUUCUAUGGGGGAAUCGACAUGUCGCUGUCGUUGUCACAAGUGGUACUGGCGACAAUCAUCGCUUUUGAUCGCUAUAUCGUAACGAUUUCACCGAAAUGGGGUAAAUGGCGAUGUCAUUCGAAUUAUUUGAAGUUAAUCAUUGGCUUUACCGUACUCACAGUAUUUUGGAGUAUUGUGCCAACUAUUGGCUAUGGUAAAUAUAGUACUUUUCACGGCAAUACGUUCUGUUCACUGGAUUGGCGACAGGGUGAUUUUGACUCCAAUUCUCCAGAAUCUACUGAAGCAGCUCAUCAUUACAUCGCGUUUCUUACGGCUACUUGCUUGAUUUUCUUUCUGAUUCCAGUCUGCAUUGCGUCGUCGUUCUAUUACAGUAUAAUCGACCACGUGGACAGGUCAAACUGUACUGAAGCACGCAAAGAAAACGAAAGCACUGAGACUGAUUGCUACUGUUGGGCUCCGAAAGGAAAUGUGGCUAAGGUCGGUCUCGGAUGCCUGCUGGUGUCAACUGUGCCUUUUCUUGCCUAUUCAAUUGUAUGUUUAAAUCCUAUGAAGUCGGAUUUCAACAAUGUUUCCUACAUUGUGGUUCCAGUGAUAAUCAGUCGAAUAUGUCCACUAUUGAAUCCAAUAUUGUAUAUAUGGUGCAAUCCUUGUCUCGUUCCUAUUAAUGAGUUCAUCGAAAAACAGGCGGCAAAACGACGACCUUCGCAGAAGACCUACCACGCUAUAAAUGCCAUAGCUGAAGUUUCUGGAAUGUCAUUUCCGAUUCUUACACCGGCCGUUCCUCGUCGACAGUUGCCAAAAAUUCCGCCUAAUUCAACGUCACCGAGUAGGAGUCAUUUCGAUGAGGCUCACGAAAGCACACCAAUGUUGCACUGA